AUGUAUGUUGAGAAGACAAGAGGGCAAGAGAGGUUCAUCCUGGUGUUUGGAUGUCUGGUUCUCUCUGUAUUUUCCACCAUCCCUGCUCACCAGGAAUUCUCUUCACACUGCCUGCUCAUCUUGGAGUUCGUCAUGAUUGUAGUGUUUGGCCUGGAGUACAUCAUCAGGAUAUGGAGUGCCGGCUGCUGCUGCCGCUACCGAGGCUGGCAGGGCCGCCUCCGCUUUGCCAGGAAGCCCUUCUGUGUCAUAGAUAUCAUUGUACUUAUCACCUCAGUUGCUGUGGUGUCAGCCGGUAGCCAAGGUAACGUCUUUGCCACCUCGGCGCUGCGUAGCCUUCGUUUCCUUCAGAUCCUGCGCAUGGUGCGCAUGGACCGCAGGGGAGGGACAUGGAAACUGCUGGGAUCUGUGGUCUAUGCUCAUAGUAAGGAACUGGUGACUGCUUGGUAUAUUGGGUUCCUAGUGCUCAUCUUCUCCUCCUUCCUGGUUUAUCUGGUUGAGAAGGAAUUCAACAAGGAGUUUGACACGUAUGCUGAUGCUCUGUGGUGGGGCACGAUCACCCUCACAACCAUAGGCUAUGGUGACAAGACUCCGCAGACGUGGACAGGACGGCUUCUGUCGGCCGGAUUUGCUCUUCUGGGAAUCUCCUUCUUCGCCCUGCCAGCUGGUAUCCUAGGAUCAGGUUUCGCGCUGAAGGUGCAGGAGCAGCAUCGACAGAAGCACUUUGAAAAAAGAAGAAACCCAGCUGCCAGCCUCAUCCAGGCGGCUUGGCGUCUGUACUCCACCGAUGGUGCUCGUCCCUACCUCAGAGCCACCUGGCACCACUACCAAAGCGCCCUCCCCCCCCUCAGGCAUGUAUCCCCUUCACCAGCACCUCCAGCACCGCCCCCACGCCCCUCCGACAACGCCCGACACACAAAGUUGAGCUUUAAAGAGCGGGUCCGAAUGGCGAGUCCUCGAGGUCAGAGCAUGAAGAGCAGGCAGACGUCCAUCAGUGACCGCCAGCGCUGUUCCCCCGGCAACGAAGUGGUGGGCAGUAACGAGCUGAUGGGCGGGAGCCCGGCCAAAGUGCAGAAGAGCUGGAGCUUCAAUGAUCGGACCCGGUUUAGGCCAUCCCUGAGACUGAAGAGCCAAACUCGCACUGCUGCCCCAGAUGUGGACGCAGGCAUGGCCGCCGAGGAUUCCUUUGAUGAAAGAGGCUGCCAUUGCGAUGUUACAGUGGAGGAUCUUUCAGCUCCCCUCAAAGCUGUCAUCAGAGCUGUCAGGAUCAUGAAAUUCCAUGUGGCUAAGAAGAAGUUUAAGGAAACGUUGCGUCCAUAUGAUGUGAAGGAUGUCAUAGAGCAGUACUCUGCAGGUCACCUGGACAUGCUCUGUCGCAUCAAAAGCCUUCAGACCAGGGUGGAUCAGAUCCUGGGAAAAGGCCAGAUUCCCAUGGACAAGAAACCAAGGGACAAACUUCAUCCAGAUGGAGACUCUAUGGAGGGUAUGAGCAUGCUCGGACGUGUAUGUAAAGUGGAAAGACAGGUAACCUCCAUCGAGUCAAAGCUGGACUCUUUGCUGGAUAUUUACCGCCAAGUCCUACAGAAAGGUCCAUCAGCGCUGACCCUCUCCUCGCUGCCACUGUUUGAGCUGGAAAGCCACCAGCACCACAACUCUGACUACCCAGCCGCCUCCCGGGGAAGCGAUCCCAACAGAAGCCGAGGAGAUAAUAGUAGCGGCAUGCAUCGCUCCCAAAGUGCCAACCCGAGGGGUUUGCGGCUCAUUCUGGCACCUGCUGAUGAUGAUGGCCCUCCAGACUCUGCACCUCCAUCCUAUCCCCCAUCCACAGCUUCCCUCUCACCUUCGCCUUUGUUGCCCCCGGACAGCCCUUAUCCCACCUUGGCCACUCCCAACAAAAAAGCUCUGUUCCCCGAUUUGCCACCCCCACCUCCCUCAACAGGGAGUUUCACCCUCCAGCUGCCCCCCAUGGUGCACCCUUCUCACCUCCGAUGCCCAGCCGACAUGGUCUCAGAUGAAAUGGAAGAUGGAGUGGCCGUGGAUGAGGGGAGUCUGGGCCCAUCUGUUGUUGUGGGAGGCAGUUUUGAUGACGACCAAGAGGGGGACAGUGAGCCAGGCCCCGUGCAGGGAAGGGUGCAACUGCGUGAGAGGCCUGGUUUGAAAUCUGAUGGGCUUUGGAGGAGGCAUUUGAGCCUUGAGGUUAACCCCCUGCUGCUUCUCUCAUCUAAUGCAGAGGAGAAGUCUUCAGACUGGGGAGGCAAUCUUGGGAAAUCCCUCUCAGUGCAUAAUCUCAGCCAGCCUUCAACCAAACGUUCCCCUGGUCUCUCCUCUGCACUUAAUAACAGUAGUAGCAGCAACGGUAGUGAAGGUGCCGAUGGCCUCAGAAACUGGGAUGGAACGGACCUCUUAAUUAGUGAGUGCAAGCUGGAGGCAGCAGAAGAACAUUUCAGCUUCCUCUCCCAGGAACCUGGCAGCACCCCUUCGGACAUUUUACAAACUGUGGAAGAGGCCAUACCUCAACCAAAGGGAAGCUCAGAGUUUCUUAGUCAGUCCUCACACAUACAGCUGGUAUAA